UUCUAUCUAAGUAACGACCACGUAGAGAGAGAAUAUUGGGCGAAUCAUUGGCUGAAUUCUAACGCAGUGACUGAUCCAUUUGAAGAGAGAUGGCGAUGCUUUCUAUGCCCAUUUCACUCCCAACUCCGACCCGUUACUCCUUCCGGCGAGUUAACCGGUAUUCUGGUAUGGCUUUUGCAAGCUUGAGCAGUGAGACUACUUCUGUUGGAGUGAAGGUCACAGAAGGAGAAGGGAACUUGCCCAAAGUUGUCCUGACUUCUGCUCAGGGUAGUGAGGCUGAUAUAUAUUUAUAUGGUGGUUGCAUUACAUCUUGGAAAGUUCCAAAUGGCAAGGACCUCCUUUUUGUUAGACCAGAUGCUGUAUUCAAUAAGAAGAAACCAAUAAGUGGAGGUCUUCCCCAUUGUUUUCCGCAGUUUGGACCUGGUGAGAUACAGCAGCAUGGAUUUGCAAGAAAUAUGGAUUGGUCUGUCAUUGAUUCCGAAAGCGUCGAAGGAAAUCCUGUUGUAACUUUAGAGCUAAAGGAUGAGCCCUACAGUCGUUCCAUGUGGGAUUUCAGCUUUCAGGCUUUAUACAAGGUGAUUCUGAAAACAAACAGCCUUUCCACUGAACUUGUAAUUACAAAUACAGGCAACAAGCCAUUUUCAUUUAGUACAGCCCUGCACUCAUACUUCCGCGCUUCAGUCACAGGUGCAUCAGUUAGAGGUUUAAAAGGUUGCAAAACCCUCAAUAAAGAACCCGAUCCAAAGAAUCCAUUGGAGGGCAAAGAAGAAAGGGACGUGGUCACUUUUCCUGGAUUUGUAGAUUGCAUAUAUCUGGAUGCCCCUAAUGAGUUACACCUUGAUAAUGGCUUGGGGGAUACAAUAUCCAUUAAGAACACAAAUUGGACCGAUGCUGUGUUGUGGAACCCACAUCUACAGAUGGAAGCAUGCUACAAAGAUUUUGUCUGCGUAGAAAAUGCCAAGAUUGGAACCAAACAGUUGGAGCCUGGACAAUCUUGGACUGCUACACAGCUACUCAGCAUCGAGUGAAAUGUGCCAAUUUUGUAGAUAUAUGUCUUUGUUCUUUUUUUUUUCUUUUCAAAUAUAUAUUUUUCCCUUGAGCGUUUCAGCUAUAAAGAAAAUAAUGGGGUUGGCCAAGACCAUAACUUGUAUUUCUGUGUUAAAAUAAUCACAAUAAUGUAUCUCUUGUUUCAUACCUCCA